AUGCGACUUCUACAGGAUUACCCGGUUUGCCUCUUGCUGGCAAUCGCAUUUUGCAACAUUGAGGUCAACGACGCCGCGUCCACAACUAUGGUGUGCAUCAAUGGCAAUUGUCGUUACAGUAGCCAGGGUGCUGGGCCUCUUGAUGCCUCCUCGUCUCCCGACGCUCCCUCGCCCCCGGGUGCCCCUACCGCCUACCAAGCGGAGGAUUUCUGGGAUUUAUCAGCAAGCUCUUUUGAAGAGCCUUGGGAGAAAAUUUUCGAUUUGUUUUAG